UUGCUCAGGAACUGAUGGGGCAGAAUAAAUCCAUGGGGGUGGUGAGUCCCCACUGGUUUUAGGGCAGAGGUUGGGCUGGAUUGGGCUGAGGAGCUGCAUCUCUGAGCAGGGCAGGACAAGGAGCACAACUUUCUACAAGCCUUGUCCACCACAUGUCCCCAUCCACACACCAUACACUGGACCUGGCCUGUCCAGGCCCUGGUACCCUGUGGGGAGAGCAGGGGGGCCCAGCCAUGCUGGAGCUGCCCCAUAGACCUGGCUGGUGUGGAGAACCCAGGGCUGGUGUGGGACAUCAGGGCUGUGCUGUGGAUGCUGGGAGGAGAGCACGGGGUGUCAAGGGGAUGGGACACAGGUGCAUGUGUUGAGGUUCUCCAUGCAGAGAGGCCGGAGGAUGGGGAGCCCAGCCCUGGGGAGAGCCAGGGUCAGGGAGCCCCUGCAGUAGAACCAUCCUCCUGCCUGCUUCCAGAAGGCUGGAGCCAAGGGCAGGGUUUCCAAGGAUCGAUGCCAUGUGAUCCUGUGCUCUCCUGGCCCCAACUGGCUUUGCCAGAAGAACAAUCUGGGAGAUCUCCCACAAGAAACAUCUUUCAUUUUCCCAUUGUUGGCCUUCACUGUCAAUUUUAAAAGAAAAAAAAUCUAGAUUGAGUUGGUAGUUCCCUCUUGCUUUGCCCCUGUCCCAGUGAGCAGCUGCAGUAGCUCCAGGAGAGCAAAUGCAGAGGGUGAAGCCUUUCCAACCCAUUUCAUACAGAUCAUUCCUGAGUGCUGCAGGGUUUUCUGCCAGCCAGGGCAGAUCUCCUCUGUCAGUGUGCAACUGCAUGUAGCUUUGAAUGGAUUUUUAAAAAUUUUCUUUCUUCAGUGGUGCCAUAAGAGUCUUUUAUGGUACCAGUGUGUGAUCAAGGGAGGUUGGGCCAAAGUUAAGCCAACCUAUUGCUCACCUGGCUGAGUCCCUUUUGAGUAAUCUGGAACACAAACUCCAUUUUUGCAUGUUCCUAUGAAGACUCUCAUUUCAUCAUAAAAUGCACAGGAAUCCUUUACUUCUUUGCUUCUUUUACCAACAGAUGUUCUACCAGCUCUGGGAUUAAAUGUGGAAAGGUAUUGCACACUGACAGAUGAGUUUUCUGUUACAGAUAAAUUUCAACGCUAUUGUUUGUAUCUGUUAAUUCCCCUCUCUCUCUGACAAACACAACAAAGAGUGAAGAUGACAAAGAGCUGCUGCCAUGAUAUGAGGAGGAAGGAAACUUCAAGGCUUCUGAUAGAUGUGGCAAUGAAAUGGAGACAGAAAUUCUGGACUAUAUGUGAACUCAAUGAGCAAUCUGGCUGCUGUUGGAUGGAAUCAGCUUUAAGACUUGCUGUCAUUUUGUAUAUUUUACAUUCCCCAGUGUGUUAUGAAUCCAAGGCUUCUCAUAGGUUGCUGAUAAUAUGUUCUACUGCAAAGCUUAGUAUGAUUUCAGCCCCCUGCGCUUGGAUGAGGCUUCUCAAGACUCCAUUAGGUUUAAUUUCUCUGGAAUUUUCCUUUGGUUUGGCCUCCAGCCCACAGAAGCAGCACCUGCAGGGCUCUCACAUGGCCAUGCCCAUCAGCCAUGGACUGGCCUCAGGCUACUGAAGGACAAGGGUGUGGAGCUGCCCUGCUUCAGCUGCGAGCCAAGCCUGGCCCAUGGCACUGGCACACACCUGCACUGGUGGCUUUAUAAGCACAGCCCUUGAGCUGUGACUGUCCCCUCAGGGCUGCCCUCACCAUGGCUCGCUGGCACAUCGUGGGCUUGGCCCUGUGCUCCUACCUCGGGGUAGCCUGGGCUGCGACCCUGGGUGUGGUGCUCACCGAGGGAGGAUUUGUGGAAGGUGAGAGCAAGAAACUGGGACUCUUUGGGAGCUACAUUGACAUCUUCAAAGGGAUUCCAUUUGCUGCUCCUCCAAAGAGACUGGAAGACCCCCAACCUCACCCUGGCUGGGAUGGAACCCUGAAGGCAAAAGAAUUCAAAAAACGCUGCAUGCAGAUGAAGCUGACACAGACUGAUGUCCGUGGCAGCGAGGAUUGUCUCUACCUGAACAUCUGGGUCCCUCAAGAGAGAAAAGAGGUCUCUACCAAUCUGCCUGUGAUGGUUUACAUCUACGGCGGUGCCUUCCUGGUCGGAGGCAGCCAGGGAGCCAAUUUCCUGGACAACUACCUGUACGAUGGGGAGGAGAUCGCCGUGCGGGGCAACGUCAUCGUGGUGACCAUCAACUACCGCCUGGGGCCGCUGGGCUUCCUGAGCACCGGGGACCAAAACCUGCCAGGGAACUACGGCCUCAAGGACCAGCACAUGGCCAUUGCCUGGGUGAAGAGGAACAUCAAGGCCUUUGGGGGUGACCCAGACAACAUCACCAUCUUUGGGGAAUCGGCCGGUGCCGCCAGUGUCUCCCUGCAGACACUGUCUCCAAAGAACAAGGGCCUGUUCAAGAGAGCCAUCAGCCAGAGUGGUGUUGGGGUCUGCAGCUGGGCCAUCCAGAGGGACCCACUCGUCUGGGCCAAAAAGCUUGGAGAAAAGAUGGGCUGUCCCACAGACAACACCAACAUCUUGGCCAACUGCCUCCGUAGCUCUGACCCCAAAGCCUUGACUCUGGCCUACCACCUGCAGCUCACCAACCUGCCCAUGCCCCUGGUGCACACCCUCGCCCUCUCUCCGGUUGUGGAUGGGGAUUUCCUCCCAGACGUGCCCGAGAAGCUCUUUGCCAACGCUGCCGACAUCGACUACGUGGCCGGGGUCAAUGACAUGGACGGGCACAUCUUUGCCGGCAUUGAUUUACCCGCCAUCAACCGCCCGCUGGUGAAAGUCACUGCUGACCAGGUCUAUGAUUUGGUCAAAGGCCUCACCGUGGACAGGGGCGAGGCUGGAGCCAACGCCACCUACAACAUCUACACGCAGAGCUGGGGUGACAAACCCGAGCAGGAGGUCGUGAAGAAGACAGUGGUGGAGCUGAUCACUGACUACAUCUUCCUGAUUCCCACACAGCUGGCACUGGACCUGCACCUGCAGAAUGCCAAGAGUGGCAAGACCUACAGCUACGUGUUCUCCGAGCCGUCCCGCAUGCCCAUCUACCCUGGCUGGGUCGGGGCAGACCAUGCUGAUGACCUGCAGUACGUGUUUGGGAAGCCCUUUGCCACCCCCCUGGGCUACUGGCCGAAGCACAGGACUGUCUCAGAGGCCAUGAUUGCUUACUGGACCAAUUUUGCCAGGACUGGUGAUCCCAACGAAGGGCAUUCAGCUGUUCCCGUUUCCUGGCCAGCCUACACCAACAAUGGCAGGUACUACCUGGAUAUCAACCACAAGAUGAACAAGGACUCUGUGAAGCAGGACCUGAGAUCCCAGUUUGUGACCUUCUGGAACUCCGUCUAUCUGAAGCUGCCACAGGUUGCUGACAUCUCCCAGUCGGAGUUAACGUUCUGAAGCAAAAAAAAACCCAUGUUUUAGAAAUCAUUAAAGCCUUGCUUGUAGCUGAGUGGCUCUGUUUCUCUGUUUUCUGUUUCUGUGUGUUGGCUGUGACAGAGUUUCCUUGCUAAUGUCAAGGUCAGGCAGGAUGGAACAUCCUGAGGGCAGCGUGUGUUCCCCUGGCUGUGACAGUCAGUCCUGGCCAAGCUGUCCUUGCAGCAAAUUAUAUUCUCACCCUGACCUUUGUGUCCUUCAUCUGCCACCUUUUGUGGCAUUAAACAUCGCUGAGACGACAGAUGAAGUUCUUAGGGACUAAAACCUUGUUUCAAUGAGAAUUAACACCACACUCCUUGCACGAUCAGAGAAACGUACAGCUGUGCGUGAGCAUUCAGCUCAGGAUUGUUUUCCUUCAUUGUCCAGGCAGGACAGGGACAAAAAUAACCCACGGGGGGAGGUGGUUCUGCAUCUCUUUACGGCGGCAAGCUGGGCUGAGGAGCCCCGAGCAGGACAGGACGAGCUCGGGCCGCCCUCAGGCCGAGCCCGCCCCGCAGGCCGAGCCCGGCCCGGCCUCGGAACCGUCGUGCGGCGGAACCUUCGUGCCGCGGCCCGCGGGGCGGCGCCGGCAGG